AAGUAUACAUACUAGAGGGGAGUGUGUAUGGUGGGGAAACACAUGAACUAAGAAAGGCUUGGUGAGGUCUCAAUUGAGGCGGGUUCCUGUGACCCCUGUGUGAGUGCAUGGAGUAGGAGCAAGUCCUUGGGAGGAGCAGAACACAACGGAGACAGAAUCACAGUCAGUGAGAGCUUCACAGAGAGAGAGAGAGAGAGAGAGAGAGAGAGAGAGAGAGAGAGAGAGAGAGAGAGAGAGAGAGAGAGAGAGAGAGAGAGAGAGAGAGAGAGAGAGAGAGAGAGAGAGAGAGACAGAGAGAGAGAGAGAGAGAGAGAGAGAGAGAGAGAGAGAGAGAGAGAGAAAUUGACUUGAAUUGAGAGAGAUAGAGAGAGAGAAGGUGCGCUGUACCCAGUCAGAGACAUGCAGCCCCUCAGCUGGAUCGGUGUACUUCUCUUCCUGUUCUAUGCUUCCUCUGGGAGUGCCGACAUCAACAGGUUAGUGAGCAAUCAAUCAAUCAAUCAAUCAAUCAGACUGCUGUAGGAAACGAUCCUCAAAGAGAUACUGUAUACAAUAUUGGUCAUACAAUGUACUGUAGUUCAUGCUUUUGUCAUUGUAUCUGUUCACUCUGAAGCCUGCAGCAGGUGUAAAGCUCAGUGUUUAUUGGAAGGAUUCAUCUUGAUAGUAGUUGAUUCAGUCUGGACAUUCCAUUGCAGUGUCAAGGGAACAGCACUGCAAAAGCAAUUGUUGCAUCCCUAGCUAACUCUCCUAACAGCUACUAGAUAACACUCUGGCCAGACACAGCUGUGUGUUGUAAGUGUUGUAAAGGCAUUAUAGGUGUUUACUUUUACAGUAAAAGCAGUUGGCUCAUAUUGAAUCCCCAUUACCAGUAGCCUGCUCAUAAGACAUGUGACACACUCAUGUUAGUAAUUUAGCAGACAUUUCUAUCCAGAGCGACUCAGUUUAGCUCAUGACAAUCACAGACAUGUCAUUGUUUAAAUCCUACCAUUUCAUCCUACUAAGAUGUUGGUUUCAAUAUGUACAUGGGGAAAGUGGUGUUCUGUUGCCAUGCAUGCACUCUCAGGAUGUCUGUGUCUUGGUUAGGGAUUCUGUGAGGUCUCAGCUAAAUGUAGCUCCUGACAUGGAAACUGUUAAUCACUAAAGGACACCUGUCACACUUAGCAGCCCCUAGCCCUCUCUUCCUGUGGGCUAUUCUGAUUGAUUUCUAACAGGGCUCAGAUUUCUCCAGUCCCCCUGGAGCCAGGGCUGCUUUUAGGAAGCCAUGCAAACAUCUGGGAGUUUGGCACUGGGCUAGAGGUUAGAGGGUUCAUCAGAUAACGUAUACCAACGAUGAGGUAGAGAUGUGAUUCAGUGUGAAGCCUCUCUUUACUCUCUAUAGGAGGAGCUAUUUUCUCCCAAUAGGAGGAGCUUGUUUCUCCCAAUAGGAGGAGCCCUUUUCUCCCAAUAGGAGGAGCUUGUUUCUUCCAAUAGGUGGGAACCUCCAUUUUCUCCCAAUAGGAGGAGCUCUUUUCUCCCAAUAGGAGGAGCUAUUUUCUCCCAAUAGGUGGGAACCUCCAUUUUCUCCCAAUAGGAGGAGCCCUUUUCUCCCAAUUGGAGGAGCUAUUUUCUCCCAAUAGGUGGGAACCUCCAUUUUCUCCCAAUAGGAGGAGCUCUUUUCUCCCAAUAGGAGGAGCUAUUUUCUCCCAAUAGGUGGGAACCUCCAUUUUCUCCCAAUAGGAGGAGCUCUUUUCUCCCAAUAGGAAGAGCUCUUUUCUCCCAAUAGAAGGAGCCCUUUUCUCCCAAUAGGAGCUCUUUUCUCCCAAUAGGAGGAGCCCUUUUCUCCCAAUAGGAGGAGCCUGUUUCUCCCAAUAGGAGGGAGCCAGGGGGAACUUUAUUUGACCUGUCGGUUUUCUACAGCACUUCCAUGGUGUAAUUAGCUGGGAUGUCUGCAGGGCUGCAUUUGGGAUGACUAAAUGAGACUAUGGAUGUGUUGAAGUCGAUUGUCACCAAAAAGCACAUGGGACAUGUUUAGUGAUCCAAUUAUCUCCUCUAUUUGCAGUAUAUUUACUGCAACUUUUAUUCAUUCAUUUGGGCAUUUGUUUUCUUCUUCGAUCCAUUAUAAAGUUAUGAUCAACAAAGUAUUAUGAUCAAACUUUACUCACCAAUUGUAUUAUUCCUAAUCAAGCAGCUGUAGUCAAUCAACUCACAUUCAACUGUCCCUGAAGGAAUGGAGACCAGUUCAACCAGAGAUUUAACAGGGUAGAUAGAGUUGUGUGUCACCUGUCCUUUAACUGUACAGGCACCGCAGACAAGUCCACGCCGGUGGCCAACCAGGUGUGUGUCGCUAUGGCAGGAGACUGGAGUGUUGCUAUGGCUGGAGAAAGAACAGCAAGGGACAGUGUGAAGGUGAGUAUUUCAACAAAACAAGUUGUGUUUACAUUUGGUUAAGAUGUACUGUAGGUGGUUACGUUUGGUUGAGAUGUACUGUAGGUGGUUACGUUUGGUUGAGAUGUACUGUAGGUGGUUACGUUUGGUUGAGAUGUACUGUAGGUGGUUACGUUUGGUUGAGAUGUACUGUACGUGACCUUGCCAUGUUUUUUGUAAUGAUUGGAAUUGUCUUUGCAUUGCUCUGGUCAUCAAUUUAACUUUUUCUUUGUAACUUUCUCUGAUUGAAAAUAUAACAUACUGUAAAUAGAUACAGUAUUCAGUCAAUGGAAAACUAAAGUUUGAGAAUUCAAAUUGUUCUGCACAAUAUAAUGGGUUUUCACUUUUGUUUUUCUUUGCGGCGGGGUAUUUUCCUGCACCAGAAGAAAUGUGGGCUAAAUGUAAAACUGGCACGUACACUAUGUUGUGUCAGGUGACCUGUUUUAACCCCCCUUAUUGCUGCUGUUUCUAUUUCUCUCUUAAAAUACUUCAUCAGCUCAGUGUGAACACGGCUGUAAGCACGGAGAGUGUGCUGGCCCCAACAAAUGCAAGUGUUACCCAGGAUACGCCGGAAAGAUGUGCAAUCAAGGUCAGUAGGGUGACUAGGGUCAAUGGAAUGUGCGUCAAAGUGGUCUCUUGAUGGAGAUCAACUUGAAGCUCAGAUUUGUAGCCUGUCUCCGUCGUCAUCCCCUGAUAGAUCACUUGAUCAUCAUGUUUUGGCACCUUUAAAGAUGCCUCAGUAUGUAGAUAUCAAGCUAUUCAAUUUCUGCAAAUGUAGAAUAGUUAAUCUGGAGAAACCCAAACAGUAUAUAAUAUGUUGCCAAUGGAACUACAUAAGGUAUGAUGUCCAUGGGACAAUAUUCAAGUAUGAUGUCUCAGGGAAGCCACCAUAGACUUAUAGAAGCCCCCGGGGCAUCAUUUCUGAUUUCAAACUGAUAUCUAUAGCCAUACAUACAUGUCCCUGAAGUACAUAACUGAGGAUGACAGUCUCUCUGUCCAGAUCUGAAUGAGUGUGGCCUGAAGCCCCGCCCCUGUGAGCAUCGCUGCAUGAACACCCAAGGCAGCUACAUGUGUUACUGCCUCAAUGGACACACCCUGAUGCCUGAUGGCUCCUGUACCAGUGAGUGGAAACUGUACCCCCGACUGUACCUGCUAGUGGAAACUCUAACCCCGACUGUACCUGCUAGUGGAAACUCUAACCCCGACUGUACCUGCUAGUGGAAACUCUAACCCCGACUGUACCUGCUAGUGGAAACUCUAACCCCGACUGUACCUGCUAGUGGAAACUCUAACCCCGACUGUACCUGCUAGUGGAAACUCUAACCCCGACUGUACCUGCUAGUGGAAACUCUAACCCCGACUGUACCUGCUAGUGGAAACUCUAACCCCGACUGUACCUGCUAGUGGAAACUCUAACCCCGACUGUACCUGCUAGUGGAAACUGUAACCCCGACUGUACCUGCUAGUGGAAACUGUAACCCCGACUGUACCUGCUAGUGGAAACUCUAACCCCGACUGUACCUGCUAGUGGAAACUGUAACCCCGACUGUACCUGCUAGUGGAAACUGUAACCCCGACUGUACCUGCUAGUGGAAACUCUAACCCCGACUGUACCUGCUAGUGGAAACUCUAACCCCGACUGUACUUGCUAGUGGAAACUCUAACCCCGACUGUACUUGCUAGUGGAAACUCUAACCCCGACUGUACUUGCUAGUGGAAACUGUAAACCCGACUGUACCUGCUAGUGGAAACUCUAACCCCGACUGUACUUGCUAGUGGAAACUGUAACCCCGACUGUACCUGCUAGUGGAAACUCUAACCCCGACUGUACUUGCUAGUGGAAACUCUAACCCCGACUGUACUUGCUAGUGGAAACUCUAACCCCGACUGUACUUGCUAGUGGAAACUCUAACCCCGACUGUACCUGCUAGUGGAAACUCUAACCCCGACUGUACCUGCUAGUGGAAACUCUAACCCCGACUGUACCUGCUAGUGGAAACUGUACCCCCGACUGUACCUGCUAGUGGAAACUCUAACCCCGACUGUACUUGCUAGUGGAAACUGUAACCCCGACUGUACCUGCUAGUGGAAACUCUAACCCCGACUGUACCUGCUAGUGGAAACUCUAACCCCGACUGUACCUGCUAGUGGAAACUGUACCCCCAAAUGUACCUGGUAGUGGAAACUGUAACCACGACUGUACCUGCUAGUGGAAACUGUAACCCCGACUGUACCUGCUAGUGGAAACUGUACCCCCAAAUGUACCUGGUAGUGGAAACUGUAACCCCGACUGUACCUGCCGCUAUUCACUCUGAGAUAUCACUGUUAGUUCUAAAUGUACUACACAGAACCUUUUAGUGUUUAAGAAGUUCAGUUUCCUGUGUGUGUGUGUGUGUGUGUGUGUGUGUGUGUGUGUGUGUGUGUGUGUGUGUGUGUGUGUGUGUGUGUAGACUCCAGGACGUGCUCCCUGGCACACUGUCAGUAUGGCUGUGAGGAUGUACAGGGGGAGAUCCGUUGUCUCUGCCCGUCGGCGGGGCUGCAGCUAGGGCCAGACCAGAGGACCUGUGUGGGUGAGUACCACCACCUUGGACCACCACCCUGACACUAUAUCACUCCAUGAGGAGUUCAUACCGGUUCUCGCUGGACCUCUCCACCUCAUAGAUCAGCAAGUGCUGUACACAAUAGAAGGGGUGGACUUCUUGGAGCUUUGUAAAGCUUUGUAAAGACUCCAUUCUGUGGUUUCACAUUCCUGCUCUGUCUCAAGGCUUCUCGCAUACGAACUUAAUCAUCUGUAGCAGCAUGUGGGUUAAAAUGGGGUUGUGUGUGGGUAAAAAUGGGGUAAUGAUGUGGGUUAAAAUAGGGUAGUGAUGUGGGUUAAAAUAGGGUAGUGAUGUGGGUUAAAAUGGGGUAGUGAUGUGGGUUAAAAUGGGGUAGUGUGUGGGUAAAAAUGGGGUAAUGAUGUGGGUUAAAAUGGGGUAUUGUGUGGGUAAAAAUGGGGUAAUGAUGUGGGUUAAAAUAGGGUAGUGAUGUGGGUUAAAAUGGGGUAUUGUUUCUUCCCACUAAACUGCUUGAUUUGAGUGGGAGCCAGUCUGCGCACUUCUAUUGUGGUGCUAAACUUGUGUCAGUAAGGAAGGGUUUACACUGAUCCAAAUAUUAACCCUUCACUACAAUGGAGAAAAAAUAAGUGAAGUCAUUUAAUUUCAUGUUCAGCCUACUGACAACGUCCCUUUCUUUCCUCCAUUUCAUUUUGUCUUUUAGAUAUUGAUGAAUGUGUAACAGGGAAGAACCUGUGCCCAUACAACCGACAGUGUGUCAACACGUUUGGCAGCUACUACUGCAAGUGUCAGAACGGCUACGACCUGACGUAUGUCAAUGGCAAAUAUGACUGUGUAGGUAAGGUAUGCAAUCAUUUUCACACAUACAAUGAUUUUGCUAUCAAUAAUUCAGUGAGGAGAUCAGCUGAUCAAAUCAGCUCAUGUCAUUUUUUCAGACAACGACGAGUGUGCCACCAACACACACAAGUGCAGCCCCCGUGCAGUCUGUCUGAACACUCAGGGAUCCUACAAGUGCAAGUGCAAGCAAGGCUUCCGUGGCAGUGGCUUCGAAUGCUCUGGUGAGACCUGAACAGAUGUACUAUUCAUCAAUCAUGGUCCUCUGUAGCUCAGCUGGUAGAGCACGGCGCUUGUAACGCCAAGGUAGUGGGUUCGAUCCCCGGGACCACCCAUACACAAAAAUGUAUGCACGCAUGACUGUAAGUCGCUUGGGAAAAAAGCGUCUGCUAAAUGGCAUAUUAUUAUUAUCAAAUCAUUCUGAGAGUAAAAACUAUUUGAUAGAAAAGUUUUGAUGUGCAAGGGGGGCCAUAAUCAAACAGUGUUUAUUUUCCAGACAGCAUAUACCAUAUUCAGCUCUUAUAACUGAUAGUUUGCAUCCGACACAUGAGUAAAAUGUCUCUGACAUCCCUCCUUAGUGAUUUUACAAUUGCAUAUUUCAUCUGUGCUCUUAACAACAUCAGCAAACAUGAGCACUGCCAAAGCCAGUUUCCCGUUUUCAGAGAACCUCUGCACUCUACAGAUGUUACACAGGGAGAGGCCCUGAUUCAAAUCACACCUGUGUAAAUAUCUGAACCCAGCCAUCUGAAGGACAGAGGAAAGGAGAGGCAUGUGUGACUGUCCGUAUGUCUGCCUGGGAACAGGGGAGCCACAGUGCACUCUCUGAACCAGGCAGUAGUUGAUGUUGCCUUGGUGACAUAAUAGGUGCAACGAGGCCUCAGGGCUUUGUGUAAACGAAGAUGCCUUUAUGUUUUUGUAGUCAAGCCCCUUUAUCAAAGCUCGUGGGACCAGGGAGACAAUGGCAGUGCAGAUGAUCAUGUCCUAAAUGGUGAGAUGUGUAUGGAAUGCAAUAAGGCUUUCCACUUCCUCUGUUUGCACCUCGCCCUGACGCGUCCCCGUGACCCAGCCCCCUCCUCCCCCCGCCUACGAUUUUGCUUUGUGAAACCCUCCUCCCCUCCCUCUCCCAUGGCUCAAGGCUGGCUACGUCCUGUCCCCACCACACACAGCUUGUUAUGCCAUGUAGAACUCAGCAUGAAACCAUUUCAGACUUUUCAAGUAUGGGAUAUGCCUGUACAUAGAACAGUAAAUUAGAUGCAUUCAGAUCCCUUGACUUUUUCCACAUUUUGUUACCUUACAGCCUUAUUCUAACAUGGAUUAAAUAGUUUUUUUCCCCUCAUCAAUCUACACACAAUACCCCAAUUUGACAAAGCAAAAACAGGAUUUUAGAUUUUUUUUGCACAUUUAUACAAAAUAAAAAACGGAAAUAUCACAUUUACAUAAGUAUUCAGACCCUUUACUCAGUACUUUGUUGAAGCACCUUUGGCAGCGAUAACAGCCUCUUGUCUUUUUGGGUAUGACGCUACAAGCUUGGCACACCUGUAUUUGGGGAGUUUCUCCCAUUCUUCUCUGCAGAUCCUCUCAAGUUCUGUCAGGUUGGAUGGAGAGCGUUGCUGCACAUCUAUUUUCAGGUCUCUCCAGAGAUGUUAGAUCGGAAUCAUGUCCGGGCUCUGGCUGUGCCACUCAAGGACAUUCAGAGACUUGUCCCGAAGCCACUCCUGCGUUGUCUUGGCUGUGUGCUUAGGGUCGUUGUCCUGUUGGAAGGUGACCCUUCACCCCAGUCUGAGGUUGUGAGCGCUCUGGAGCAGGUUUUCAUCAAGGAUCGCUCUGUACUUUGGUCCGUUCAUCUUUCCCUCGAUCCCGACUAGUCUCCCAGUCCCUGCCGCUGAAAAACAUCCCCUCAGCAUGAUUCUGCCACCACCAUGCUUCACCGUAGGGAUGGUGCCAGGUUUCCUCCAGAUGUGACGCUUGGCAUUCAGGCCAAAGAGUUCAAUCUUGGUUUCAUCAGACCAGAGAAUCUUGUUUCUCAUGGUCUGAGAGUCUUUAGGUGCCUUUUGGCAAACUCCAAGCAGGCUGUUGUGCCUUUUACUGAGGAGUGGCUUCCGUCUGGCCACUCUACCAUAAAGGCCUGAUUGGUAGAGUGCUGCAGAGAUGUUUGUCCUUCUGGAAGGUUCUCCCAUCUCCACAGAGGAACUCUGGAGCUCUGUCAAAGCGACCAUCGGGUUCUUGGUCACCUACCUGACCAAGUCCCUUCUCCCCCUAUUGCUCAGUUUGUCCAGUCGGCCAGCUCUAAGAAGAGUCUUGGUGGUUCCAAACUUCUUCCAUUUAAGAAUGAUGGAGGCCACUGUGUUCUUGGGGACCUUCAAUGCUGCAGACAUUUUUUGGUACCCUUCUCCAGAUCUGUGCCUCGACACAAUCCUGUCUCGGAGAUCUACGGACAAGUCCUUCGACCUCAUGGCUUGGUUUUUGCUCUGACAUGCAUUGUCAACUGUGGGACCUUAUAUAGACAGGUGUGUGCCUUUCCAAAUCAUGUCCAAUCAAUUGAAUUUACCACAGGUGGACUCCAAUCAAGUUGUAGAAACAUCUCAAGGAUGAACAAUGGAAACAGGAUGCACCUGAGCUCAAUUUCGAGUCUCAUAGCAAAGGGUCUGAAUACUUACGUAAAUGAGGUAUUUCUGUUUUUUAUUUUUAAUACAUUUGCAAACAUUUCUAAAAACAUGUUUUCACUUUGUCAUUAUGGGGUAUUGUGUGUAGAUUGAUGAGGAAAAAAAAGUAAUUUAAUAAAUGUUAGAAUAAGGCUGUAACGUAACAAAAUGUGGAAAAAGUCAAGGGGUCUGACUACUUUCCGAAUGCACUGUAUGUGGCUGAGGCUGGCUGUCAUGCCUCCCAUGCAUGGAGUAUGAUGUUCCAGUCUGUUGUCCUUCUCUCUAUGCUCAUCUGUCAUGUCUAUGACAACAUGUUUACAGAAAAGCAAAUACAUGUAUUUCAAUGAACAAGGUAAGUUAUUAAGAACAAAUUAUAGUGAUAUACUGUCUGAUGUAUGUUUUGUCACUUGUCUUUAUAUCCUAUAAUGGCUUUAUAAUCUAUAAUGGCUUCUUUAUUAUCUAUAAUGGCUUUAUAAUCCAUAAUAUCUUUAUAAUCUAUAAAGCCUUUAUAAUCUAUAAUGGCUUCUUUAUUAUCUAUAACGGCUUUAUAAUCCAUAAUAUCUUUAUAAUCUAUAAAGCCUUUAUAAUCUAUAAUGGCUUCUUUAUUAUCUAUAAUGGCUUUAUAAUCCAUAAUAUCUUUAUAAUCUAUAAAGCCUUUAUAAUCUAUAAUGGCUUCUUUAUUAUCUAUAAUGGCUUUAUAAUCCAUAAUAUCUUUAUAAUCUAUAAAGCCUUUAUAAUCUAUAAUGGCUUCUUUAUUAUCUAUAAUGGCUUUAUAAUCCAUAAUAUCUUUAUUAUCUAUAAAGCCUUUAUAAUCCAUAAUAUCUUUACUAUCUAUAAAGCCUUUAUAAUCCAUAAUAUCUUUAUAAUCUAUAAAGCCUUUAUAAUCUAUAAUGGCUUCUUUAUUAUCUUUAAUGGCUUUAGAAUCCAUAAUAUCUUUAUAAUCUAUAAAGCCUUUAUAAUCUAUAAUGGCUUCUUUAUUAUCUAUAAUGGCUUUAUAAUCCAUAAUAUCUUUAUAAUCCAUAAUAUCUUUAUAAUCCAUAAUAUCUUUAUAAUCCAUAAUAUCUUUAUAAUCUAUAAAGCCUUUAUAAUCCAUAAUAUCUUUAUAAUCUAUAAUAUCUUUAUAAUCCAUAAUAUCUUUAUAAUCUAUAAUGGUGGGGUAACCCCAGAAUGUCCACCUAAACUCUUGUAUAAUUGCAUCAGAUUCCACGUCUGUAGUCCCAGAGGUCUGAUGUGGCUCUUCGUCCUGCAGCUAUCCCAGAGUCGCCAGUGAGGCUGGACAACGAGCAGAUCAGGAACGUCAUCCCCGAGCCCCAGGUGACCGUCCCCCCUCAGAUCCGCUUGCAGCCCUUCGACUAUGACGGGGAGACCUAUACGCGUGGCUCAGAGGAGGUGGGCCAGGUGGCCUUCACUGAUAUAGGGGAGGAGGAAGAUGAGGAGGCAGAUGUGGACAACCAGCUUAAUUCAAGAGGAGAUGUUUUCAGUAAGCCUUUUUUUCCCCUCUAACUUCUUCCCACUAAUCCUCCUAUUUAUUGCCAUCGUGGGUGGUCCCAAAUCGGAUUAUUCCAACACUGAUCCUAUGGAAGUUCAUACACCAUUACUGCUGUGGUAAUGUGCAGCACUCGUACUCAUUCAGAAAUACAAUCCCCGAAUUUGUGAUACGUGCUGUUCUCUUCACCCUGUUAAAUUUAGGAGGGUUGCACAUAAUAUACGCCCCCAAAUUACAGUAUACAGGACGCUUUCAAACACAUAACCAGGCAAAGUUAGGACAUGGAUGGUCACAGGGUUAGUGCUGUGUACCCUGCAACGACCCUAUGACCCUAUGACCCUAUGACCCGGCUGUCCAUCAGUCUCUCUAUUAGUCACUCCUAUGCCUUCACACAGACCUACAUCCUCUCUGGACAACUUUUUUAAAGAUGUCUCCUAACAGGGGGUAUUUAUGGAGUCUAAGGACUGGCCUAAUUACAAGCCUUCCCGAACCUGGCUGCACGUUUCUUGGCCACGCUUGAAGGAAGUCUAGUCUUAUCCAUCGGUCUUCUUAUGCAGAAUCUCUUAUUCCAAUGAUUUAGAUAUCAUCCACUGUCAGGGCGUUGUUUCUUCCUUCUCAUUGUAAAAAUGCACUAAAUACGUAGGCGUCUGUUAUAUGAACCUAAGACAUGGAAUAAAACACUCAUCUAUCACAAUUGAACUUCAUACGUAUACACACUAUCUUGGAAACGAAGAUGGAGAAUGGAGAAGCAGAUGGGGGGGGGGGGAUUAGUGAGCCUGAGAAGCCGGGCGACCCGUCGUCCCUUAUCGAGCAUACUACUCGCCAAUGUUCAAUCUUUAGUGAAUAAACUUGACGAACUCCAAGCGAGGAUCUCCUUUCAGAGGGACAUUAGAUUCUGCAACAUACUCUUUUUUUUCCUGAGACCUGGCUUUCCUCCGACAUCCAAACGGAUUAUAGUCGUAGGUUGCACCUCCCUCACUCGCUCGCGUCAUGCCAUUGUUAUGAACAUUCUCAAGCCGCUCUCUACCGGCGGCGCCAUAGUGGUGCCCUAAAGUGGUGAUAAGCCCAGUCAUUCUGGACAGAGGCUGACUACUGCUUAGUCUAAAUUACACUAUAGUGCCUGGUAAAAAACGAUGACAUUGCUAAAGUAGUCAAAUAUUUAGUAGGAAACAACUUUACCAGCCUUAUCAUGUUGUCAAAUUUACUUUAGACAGAUGGCAAUGUUGUCAUUAGCUAGCAAAGUUAGUCAAAAAUAGCUAGCAAUGCUAACGUUAGCUAGCUAAAAUUAGAUGGCCUCCCCUCAAUCUUAGCUAGCUAGCUAACGUUAUACUGCAUCUAAAGUCAAUCGGGCGACAUCAAAAUGAUGACAAAAGGUUUUCCUACUAAUUAUUUGCCUCCUUUUGAACUUCAUUAUAUUUCCUAGCACUUUUGAUGAAAUCUUCAUCAGCACACAUUGACGAUGCAUUGAGUAGAACGCUCAGUCUAGCAUCAGUCCAAAACCAAUGUUCAAAACAAUAUUGUGAUGAAAUAUUCAACCCAUGAAUACAACGAGCGGGUUUUGAGCAGCUUGACCAAGCAGCUUGACCAAUAUGACCAAUAACAUGUGGUGCGACGGGGAAAACAGACAGGAACUUGCGAGCUUCUGCUCUCCCAACUUGGAAUUCUUCGUAAUUUAUUGCCGCCAUUUUUACCUUCCAAGAGAGUUCUCAGGGAUUAUCACCAUGGCUGUGUACAUCCCACCCCAUGCCGACACCAAAAAUGCUCUCAAAGAUCUUCAUUGGACCCUGAACAAACUGGAGACUGAGUACCUGGAGGCAGCGUUCAUUUUUCGACUUUAACAAAAGUAAUUUGAGAACCGUGCUCCUGAAUUACUAUAAACAUAUUGACUGUCCAACUCUCAGAGAUUCUACGCUGGAACACUGCUACUUUCCUUUUUGACAUGGGUAUGAGGCCAUCUCCCGUCCUCCUUUACUCCUGUUAUUGCGGGUGUAGUGAAAUGCUUGUGUUCCUAGCUCCAACAGUGCAGUAGUAUCUAAUAAUUCACAACAAUACACACAAAUCUAAAUGUAAAAGAAUGGAAUAAGAAAUAUAUAAAUAUUAGGACGAGCAAUGUCGAAGUGGCAUAGACUAAAAUACAGUAGAAUAGAAUACAGUAUAUACAUAUGAGAUGAGUAAGGCAGUAUGUAAACAUUAUUAAAGUGGCCAGUGAUUCCAUGUCUAUGUAUAUAGGGCAGCAGCCUCUAAGGUGCAGGGUUGAUUAACCAUUGGUAGCCGGCUAGUGAUGGCUGCUUAACAGUCUGAUGGCCUUGAGAUAGAAGCUGUUUUUUAGUCUCUCUGUCCCAGCUUUGAUGCACCUGUACUGACCUCGCCUUCUGGAUGAUAGCAGGGUGAACAGGCCAUGGCUCGGGUGGUUGAUGUCCUUGAUGAUCUUUUUGGCCUUCCUGUCACAUCGGGUGCAGUAGGGGUCCUGGAGGGCAGGCAGUGUGCCCCCGGUGAUGCGUUGGGCAGACCGCACCACCCUCUGGAGAGCCCUGCGGUUGCGGGCGGUGCAGUUGCCGUACCAGGCGGUGAUACGGCCAGACAUAAUGCUCUCAAUUGUGCAUCUGUAAAAGUUUGUAAGGGAAUUUCUUCAAACUCCUGGUUGAAGAGGCGCUGUUGCGCCUUCUUCACCACACUGUCUGUGUGGGUGGAUCAUUUCAGAUUGUCAGUGAUGUGUACGCCGAGGAACUUGAAGCUUUUCACCUUCUCCACUGUGGUCCCAUCGAUGUCUGCUGUUUAUUGAAGUCCACGAUCAGCUCCUUCAUUUUGUUGACGUUUAAGGAGAGGUUAUUUUCCUGGCACCACUCCGCCAGGGCCCUCACCUCCUCCCUGUAGGCUGUUUCGUCAUUGUUGGUAAUCAGGCCUACUACUGUUGUGUCGUCUGCAAACUUGAUGAUUGAGUUGGAGGUGUGCGUGGCCACGCAGUCGUGGGUGAACAGGGAGUGUAGGAGGGGCUGAGCAUGCACCCUUGUGGGAAACCUGUGUUGAGGAUCAGUGAAGUGGAGGUGUUGUUUCCUACCUUCACCACAUUGGGGCUGCCCAUCAGGAAGUCCAGGACCUAGUUGCACAGGGCGGGGUUCAGACCCAGGGCCCCGAGCUUAAUGAUGAGCUUGGAGGGUACUAUGGUGUUGAAGGCUGAGCCAUAGGCAAUGAACAGCAUUCUUACAUAGGUAUUCCUCUAGUCCAGAUGGGAUAGGGCAGUGUGCAGUGCGAUGGCGAUUGCAUCGUCUGUGGAUCUAUUGGGGCGGUAAGCAAAUUGAAGUGGGUCUAGGGUGUCAGGUAAGGUAGAGGUGAUAUGAUCCUUAACUAGACUCUCAAAGCACUUCAUGAUGACAGAAGUGAUUGCUAUGGGGCGAUAGUCAUUUAGGGGGGUACGAAAAAAGGAUCCAGUACGGAAAAGUCGUAUUACUGGUUGUAAUGCUGGUGAGUUACCGCCGCUCUGAUAUCCAAAAGUUAUUUCUGGCUGUAUGUAAUAACACAAAACACGUUCUGGGCUAAUAACGUAAGAAAUAACACACCAAAAAAACAAAAUACUGCAAAGUUGCUCAGGAGCUAGAAGCAGAGCUGCCAUGUCUGUCGGCGGCAUCUUGCAUUUAUUUAUUUUAUAUUUGGGGGUUGGGGAAUAAUGGAAAAGCUACUGAGGAUGGUAGCUGACUCUAUAACCACUCCUAUCUGUCAUAUCUUUAAUCUGAGCCUAGAGGAAAGUCUUUGUCCUCAGGCCUGGAGGGAAGCCAAAGUCAUUCCGCUACCCAAGAGUGGUAAAGCGGCUUUUGCUGGUUCUAACAGCAGACCUAUCAGCUUGCUACCAGCUCUUAGCAAACUGUUGGAAAAAAUUGUGUUUAAACAAAUACAAUGCUACUUCUCUGUAAACAAAUUAACAACAGACUUUCAGCAUGCUAAUAGAGAAGUGCACACAACAUGUACUGCAAUGACAGAAAUUACUGAUGAUUGGUUGAAUCAAAUUGACAAUAACAAGAAUGUCUGUCUGCGCCAUCUUGCUGGAGGCAUGAGUAUAGGGUCGAAGUGGAUUCAGCGGGUCGGAUAUGAGGCGUAUGUGGCUUCUAACUAUUACAAAAAGAAAGCGAAUGACAUCGAGGACACCAACGCCGCCCUACCGGAUGAUACCAACGCCGCCCUACCGGAUGAUACCAACGCCGCCCUACCGGAUGAUACCAACGCCGCCCUACCGGAUGAUACCAACGCCGCCCUACCGGAUGAUACCAAUGCCGCCCUACCGGAUGAUACCAACGCCGCCCUAUCGGAUGAUACCAACGCUGCCCUCCCGGAUGAGCUAAACACCCUUUUCUCACACUUCGAGAAAAAUUACUCUGAGCCCCUGAGGCCCUCACAGAGCAUGUGCAGACCAGCUAGCUGUUGUGUUUUCAGACAUUUUCUAGCUCAGGCCAUUAUACCCACCUUCUUCAAGAUGUCCACUAUCAUCCCCGUGCCCAAGAAAGGGAAAGUAACUGAAUUGAAUGGUGAAGAAGGCACGACAGCAUUUCUUUAACCUCAGGAUGCUGAAGAAAUUUGGCCUGUCCCCGAGGGCCCUCACAGUGUUCUACAGGCGCACCAUCGAGAGCAUACUGUCGGGCUGCAUCACAGCCUGGUAUAGCAACUCCACCGCCGCUGACCGCAAGGCAUGACAGAGGGUGGCACGCUCAGCCGAAUGCACCAUUGGGUGCACACACUGUCUGCCCUCCAGGACACCUAUGUUGCAGGAAGGCCAAGAAGAUUAUCAGGGACCUCAGCAAACUGAGCCACAGCCUGUUCUCCAUGUUUCCAUCACUCGGACACAGGCAGUACAGGAGCAUCAUGGCUAAAACUAACAGACUGGCCAAUAGCUUCUACCCCCCAGACCAUCAGGCUGGUUCGGUUAGCUGGACUAAAUGCCUGGAUUGAGUCCCUUACUUCUGGCGCUUUUAAGACAUAUCAAACGUGGUGUGGCGUCAGCCUGUCGGGCAGCAUUAGCUUGAGGAUUACCAUUCCACAAUAAAAGCUCUGUUUUAAGCCCUGGACCUGAGUGUGUGUCAGAAUUCAGCCUGUUGCUUCAUGUUCUGUGCACUGAUUUAAAAUACGUAUUAUCAGUACACAGACAAUGGCCUCUGUUUUCACAUAUUAUCAGUAAGCAGAGAAUGGCCUCCUGUUUCACAUAUUAGAUUCACAUGCUGUAGAUGCAUCAAAUCCUGUAAAUACCUAAUGUGGUUAGAGGAUGAGACCUCAACACAUUAGCUUACGUUAGAAGAGCUCUUAAUGUGUUACAUCCUGCUCUAAAUAAGAUGUAGCAAGAGGAUGAAUACACUCAAUCAUGAAGUUGAACUAAGUUACCGUUAAAUGCUGCGUCUAGUUCAAUACGCUCUGUGCAUGUUGGUUGAUGUAAUCAAACGGAUCUGGUCCUAGUGUUUGAAACCAGUAUUCUGUUUCGCCCCUGUCAUUUGACAUUGACCUUUUGAAGGGAAGACUAAGGACAGAAAAACAGCUGUUGAAACGAAAGUGCUGACUACCAGUGUGACAAUCCCACACAACCAGGCCUGGGAAAGAGGUGGAUGCACCGAGGCCAUCAGUCAAACAUGACCACUUCUCUAACCUUCUCCUUCUCUGGCCAUGGGCUGAAAAUUAAGGUUGAAAACCAAGUAGGAACCCUUGAGAGAUUGUGGGACAGAAAUAUCAUGAAGAGAUAGCAUAGAGAGCAGUAUAAUCAGCUCAUGCCAAAUCAUUUUGUUUAGAAAGAAGAAGACGCUUAGCUCUUGGUAUAAAACACACAUACACACAAGGUGCCUCUGCAGUCUAUGCUGCCCUUCAGUCCCUUGACGUUUUGGCCCUGACGGAGAUCUGGAUCACCCCAUAGAACUCUGCUACUCCAGCUCCUCUUUCUUCAUCUGACUACGUUUCCACUCAUAGCCGGAGAGCAUCUGGUCGUCACGGUGGUGGCAAAGGUCUACUCAUUUCUCCUAAAUGGAGAUUUGGCUAAGAUAGCUAGGAUUAUUGGCUCUCCAUUUUAAGAUCAAAACCCAUCCGCGAGUGGGCAAAGGAUCACUUGCGCAAUUGGUAUGCCUCUCAGUGAGACAGUAACAAGCAGUGGUGGAAAAAGUAUCCAAUUGUCAUACUUGAGUAAAGUAUAGACACCUUAAUAGAAAGUUACUCAAGUGAAAGUCAGACAGUAAAAUACUACUUGAGUAAAAGUAUUUGGUUUUAAAUAUACUUAAGUAUCAAAAGUAAGGCAGUAGGGAUGACCACGUGUUCUCUUGAAGAGUGUGUGAAUUUGACAUUUUUCCUGUCCUGCUAUGCAUUCAAAAUGUAACGAGUACUUUUGGUUGUCAGGGAAAAUGUAUGGAGUAAAAAGUACAAUAUUGUCUUUAGGAAUGUAGUGAAGUAAAAGUAAAAGUUGUCAAAAAUAUAAAUAGUAAAGUACAGAUAUCCAAAAUAACUACUUAAGUAGUACUUUACACCACCGGUAACAAGGAUGCCAUUCGCCACUAGUGUUGAUAUCUUCAUGGAAACACGUCUGACAGUAGCCUGGAAGACUCAGAAAGCAAGAGGAGACAGGCCCCGAGACAGCCAUCAGCUCCAGGGAGGAAUUUCACUCCGCCACCAUGUGAGCACCUCAGGAUACACACAGUUCUCCCUGUGCAUGCACAGACUUGUAUUAUCGUCCCUCGGAACAGCUGUUCAGCAAACAGACCUGAGUCCUUGAAAGAGAGAGUCUGUCAUCAGCUCCUCAAACCCCCUCAAACACCAGCCUUCUCCGGCUGGUCAGGGUUCAAUUAGCAAAGUUGCAUACAGUGAGGGGGGAAAAAAGUAUGUGAUCCCCUGCCGAUUUUGUACGCUUGCCCACUGACAAAGAAAUGAUCAGUCUAUAAUUUUAAUGGUAGGUUUAUUUGAACAGUGAGAGACAGAAUAACAACAACAAAAUCCAGAAAAACGCAUGUCAAAAAUGUUAUAAAUUGAUUUGCAUUUUAAUGAGGGAAAUAAGUAUUUGACCCCUCUGCAAAACAUGACUUAGUACAUGGUGGCAAAACCCUUGUUGGCAAUCACAGAGGUCAGAUGUUUCUUGUAGUUGGCCACCAGGUUUGCACACAUCUCAGGAGGGAUUUUGUCCCACUCCACUUUGCAGAUCUUCUCCAAGUCAUUAAGGUUUUGAGGCUGACGUUUGGCAACUCGAACCUUCAGCUCCCUCCACAGAUUUUCUAUGGGAUUAAGGUCUGGAGACUGGCUAGGCCACUUCAGGACCUUAAUGUGCUUCGUCUUGAGCCACUCCUUUGUUGCCUUGGCCGUGUGUUUUGGGUCAUUGUCAUGCUGGAAUAUCCAUCCACGACCAUCGUCCCGUCCAUCGUCCCUUUGAUGCGGUAAAGUUGUCCUGUCCCCUUAGCAGAAAAACACCCCCAAAGCAUAAUGUUUCCACCUCCAUGUUUGACGGUGGGGAUGGUGUUCUUGGGGUCAUAGGCAGCAUUCCUCCUCCUCCAAACACGGCGAGUUGAGUUGAUGCCAAAGAGCUCCAUUUUGGUCUCAUCUGACUAUAACACUUUCACCCAGUUCUCCUCUGAAUCAUUCAGAUGUUCGUUGGCAAACUUCAUUUACAUUUUAGUCAUUUAGCAGACGUUCUUAUCCAGAGCGACUUACAGUUAGUGCAUACAUUAUUUUUUUAUUUUUCAUACUGGCCCCCCGUGGGAAUCGAACCCACAACCCAACGCCAUGCUCUACCAACUGAGCUACAUCCCUGCCGGCCAUUCCCUCCCCUACCCUGGACAACGCUGGGCCAAUUGUGCGCCGCCCCAUGGGUCUCCCGGUCGCGGCCAGCUACGACAGAGCCUGGAUUCGAACCAGGAUCUCUAGUGGCACAGCUAGCACUGCGAUGCAGUGCCUUAGACCACUGUGCCACUCGGGAAACAUCAGACGGGCAUGUAUAUGUGCUUUCUUGAGCAGGGGAACAUUGCGGGCGCUGCAGGAUUUCAGUCCAUCACGGCGUAGUGUGUUACCAAUUGUUUUCUUGGUGACUAUGGUCCCAGCUGCCUUGAGAUAAUUGACAAGAUCCUCCCGUGUAGUUCUGGGCUGAUUCCUCACCGUUCUCAUGAUCAUUACAACUCCACGAGGUGAGAUCUUGCAUGGAGCCCCAGGCCGAGGGAGAUUGACAGGUCUUUUGUGUUUCUUCCAUUUGCGAAUAAUCACACCAACUGUUGUCACCUUCUCACCAAGCUGCUUGGCGAUGGUCUUGUAGCCCAUUCCAGCCUUGUGUAGGUCUACAAUCUUGUCCCUGACAUCCUUGGAGAGCUCUUUGGUCUUGGCCAUGGUGGAGAGUUUGGAAUAUGAUUAACUGAUUGCUUCUGUGGACAGAUGUAUUUUAUACAGGUAACAAACUGAGAUUAGGAGCACUCCCUUUAAGAGUGUGCUCCUAAUCUCAGCUCGUUACCUGUAUAAAAGAUACCUGGGAGCCAGAAAUAUUUCUGAUUGAGAGGGGGUCAAAUACUUAUUUCCCUCAUUAAAAUGCAAAUCAAUUUAUAACAUUUUUCUGGAUUUUGUUGUUGUUAUUCUGUCUCUCACUGUUAAAAUGAACCUACCAUUAAUAUUAUAGACUGAUCAUUUCUUUGUCAGUGGGCAAACGUACAAAAUCAGCAGGGAAUCAAAUACAUUUUUUCCCUCACUGUACAUCUGGUUGUCUAGGGCAACUCAGUGAAGGGGGAAGUUUGUUGGGAGAGCUUUAAUGCACCAUCUUGACAGAUAAAUGGCAGAAGGGCAGGCAUUUUCCACUUGCAGGUAAAAAGCCCCUUACUGGCUUUUGUUUUAUGAGGGGAAAUCUCUCAACUGCAUAAUCAUCUGGAGGAUCUUCAUGAUUCACAUAUCUUCAGAAGAAUGCUUGUAACUGAAAUGGCUUGUUUUGAUAGAGCUUGUUUUGAUAGAGCUAUAUUAUCUGUUUAGAAAAUGAUUUACAUAAACAAUAAUCAAGGCUGUUGAUAUCCUGUUUGAAUAUGUCUUGUCUUCUUUUUUUUGUGUGCUUUUUGCAAAAGUGAACUACAUUGUUUUGACAUUUGCUGGACCUUAUCUUAAAAGAGUUAUCUCUCUCCCAAAUCAGUUCCAGAGGACUUUGAGUCAGUAUUUGAUUCUGCAACGGAUGUCAAAGAGAUCGAAAUAGCUCCAGGACAGGAAGGUAAUCCUUGCUUUACUUGUUAACAUAAUGUGGGUAACCAUACCUUCAUAAUCCCUGUGAAUUGUUGACAUCUGACUGUGCCUUCCAGAGUUCUUCAUGGACUGCAACUUCGAUCAGGGCGCGUGUGAGUGGGUGCAAGACAAGGACGAUAGAUUCGACUGGAGCGUGUCCUACCAUGAAAACGGUACAAAUUAUACUAUUAAUUGGGCAUAAAUAGUAUUUACCUUCUAUAUUUGCCAUGUAGAUGCAUAUAGUUUUAUACAAUGACCAAUAAGGUAAAUCCUUUAUUGUCCACAUGAUCGUCUGAAUCUAUCUUCCAGACUAACUAUUCCCAAAUAGCUGUUAGUCAUACGCUAAUGACUAUCACUGAUCAGCCUGUGUCCCUGGUCCCUAACCCCCUGUGACUAUCACUGAUCAGCCUGUGUCCCUGGUCCCUAACCCCCUGUGACUAUCACUGAUCAGCCUGUGUCCAUGGUCCCUAAUCUCCAGGUAUCAAGUACUACAUGGCUAUGAGUGGUCUUCUGGGGGAGAAGCUGGACCAGGCCAGGCUAAAGCUGCUCCUCAGUGACCGGGCCCAGCAGGGAGGCUUCUGCCUCACCUUCAACUACCGCGUGACGGGCAGCCAGGUGGGCACGCUGCGGGUGCUGCUAAACAACAGAGCCUACCCAGUGUGGGAGCAGAGCCACAGCCGGGGACAGGAUUGGCAGACAGAACUGCUCACUGUGGCCUGGAAGAACCAGGCCCCAGAAUCUGUGAGUCACCAUUUCCAUUCCAAACACCUAGAAUGAUAAAGGACCCAUAGAAUGGUGCCGGUGUCAGUAGAUAAUAGUAUGUUCUGUGAAUGCCGGAUUUACCAGCUCAAUGUUGUUCAUUUAAUCACCACACUUGCCAAUAUGGCCACUGUCGAAGGGAACAAAAUAAACCACACAAGUCCCAAAUUUCCAAAAUAUCUAAUCAACAUCUUUGCUCUCAUUCUGCAGAUAAUCUUUGAAGCUGAGCGUGGGAAUGGAGUUGGGGGAGAGAUUGGGCUGGACAACGUGGUGCUGACCUCAGGCUCCUGUCAAGAGGAAGACACUGCCAUCUUUUAAACUGUGAACUCUGAACCUGUAGAAUCAGUCCACUGUGUUAGACACAGACCUCAGAGGCAGAGCUAGCAGCAGUUUCCCCCUUUAGUCUGCUCUUUUCAGAGAGCACACACACACAUCUUCCUAAUCCCAAACUAUGGGUGUAUUUUUUUGCUGUGCUGUAUGUGCAACAAGUAUUUAGAAAAAUGUGUAUUUGCAGAAUGUUUGGCAGUUCAGCCGUCCACAUAGGAAAGUGUUGCACAGCUGAGGGUUUGAGCAUCAUUGGUUUGUGCAGGGAUUUCAUCUGCAAGUUUACAAGACUGCUUUUGAACUUUUCCUUUAAUUUGAGCCACCAAGACAAAGAGUAGUGUCCACAAAUAAAUGAUCCACUAGAUAAAUACAGUUCCGUUUUCAAUAAUGUUCACAAAUGUUUUUCAUUAUAUUCAAUUAUUUUCACAUAAAUGGCAGGAUAUGCCAGGCUUAUCUACAACAACAAAAAACAUAUUGUGUUGCUUUUUCAUUUUCUAAGUGAAAGUGAAAUGUUGCAGUUAGCCGCAAUAUAUCAAAAUAAGAUACACUAAGACAUGUAACAUGUAGUCACGUGAACCAAAAUAUUAAUAUUAGAUUAAUCAAGAAGUCUUCCCUUGAAGGCUACACGUGUUUUAUGAUCAUAGUAUGUGUAUGUAACAAUGCAUAACUGCUGUAAAUUGCGCUUUCAUUUUGUAUUACAUAAAACAUGUUUUUAUAAGGGCUCUGUUCAUA